AUGCCGCCUCUGACAGUCUUCUGUGGCUUUCAUUCGGCCUCUAACAAACUGUUAGCGGCGAACCGACCAUCGGAACCACGUCAGUUCUACCGCCGGCCCCUCCCCGCCUUCUGCAUCCCCUUCGCUACCCCGGAAGGCCGCCAACUCUUCAAGGAGGCCCUCGAUAUGGGCUUCAUGGAGGCCUACUUCGACUUGGCUCCACAGCUUCGCACUCAGGUGCAACCGUCCUACUGCGGGCUUUCUGCCCUAGUCAUGGUCCUCAAUUCCUUCGAAAUGGACCCAGGCAGGGUGUGGAAGGCACCUUGGCGGUGGUACCACGAGGACAUGCUGACCUGUUGCAUUUCACCUGAAGCUCUUGCUCACGGCAUAGUCCUGGAG